CCGACCAUCUGAUAUAAACGAUUCAUUCUGACAGAUAGAGUUCAUACUGUCAAGCUACUACAUUGCGGUACACGGUAAAAUUGAUUGAAUUUUGUUGAAAAACAUUAAGUUGUGCGUAAAGCAUUGAUUCUUUCAAGGAAAAAAUUGGUCAGCAACGAUGGAGAAAAAAGUCAUAGACAAACACAUGGAUAAGCAUUUGGAAAAUGUUCAGUACGAGGCGAGAGUGGCAUUGGAUCGAUUUGGAGAGUAUGGAAUGAAGAUUGACAAGAAGUUUCUAAGCCAUUUCUUGAAAGCGACCAUCGAGCGCCUGAAUCAAACAUGCAAACGCUACGGCACCGAGUCGAAGUGGAAAAUUUCAGACAAGAUGCCAAAUGCCAAGGCAACAACAUCAACGGCAAAAGCAACAGAAGCAACAAAACGAACAACGUCAAAAGCUACAGCUACAACUACAGCUACAGCUACGGCUACAACUACAACAACAAUGGCAGCAACAACAACAUCAACAAACCCACCGGUAAGAGCACCAAUAACAACAACGGCAUCAGGAACAUCAGCCAAAGACAAGUUGAUGGAAGCAAUUGAUCUGACAAGUGACACAGCGACCAAGCGAUUAUCAAAGGACGCCACUGAAACGGAGCAUUCGACGAAGAAGCGAAAAUCUAACAAAACCGAUGGAAAAAAUG